CUUUCCAGUCUUGCUGUAAAAAUUUUAAAGUAAAAUCAUCUUUCUCUUCUCAUGUGGCAAGAUAUCACAAAAACUGGGAUGUAGCUCAAGUUGCUUCUACUCAUCUUGCUGAAACAAUAGAAUGUUUAGAUGACUUCAGUGAAAAAGAUGUAGAAGUUGUUCAUGCAGAGCCUAUUGAAGCUGAAUUAGAAAUACCAGUGACUGACCCCCUUGAUAAAUACACUGAAAACUUAGCUCUCUUUUUUCUUGGCCUGCAAGCAAAGUAUAUGGUUCCUGCAUCUACAAUAACAGAAAUUGCGAGUGAGAUGAGAACAAUACAGGACAUCCAACAUGAAUUUACAAUUAACAGGUUAAUAACAGACCUUCAAGAACAUGGUGUGCCACAGCAUGCUUUGCAAGAGUUUGGCAAGAAGCUUUACAAUGAAAGUCCUCUACAAAGAGCAUUAACUUCUGGUGGCACAUUAGCCACACACCAUAGGAGACUUCAGUUUUAUAAGAAUAAUUUCAACUUUGUUGAGCCACUGCAGAUUAUGUUAGGCCAUAAUGAUAAAGGUGAGAGGAGGCAUUUUCACUAUGUUCCUGUUUUGGAAAGCCUGAAAGCUAUUUUAAAAGACCAAAGGGCAUGUCAGCAAAUUUUAAACCCUCUUCCUACUCAAAGUGGUAUGUUCCGAGAUAUUACUGAUGGAUUUGUCAUAAAGGGCAAUGUAUUUUUUUGCUCAGAUCCUCAUGCUUUAAAGGUAAUGUUGUUCCAGGAUUCCUUUGAGGUUUGUAACCCUCUGGGAUCAGCUAGAAAAAAGAAUAAAAUGCUUGCAGUGUACUAUACUUUGGGCAAUUUUUACCCAUUCAGUCGCUCAACGGUUGAUCAGAUUCAGUUAGUUUUGUUAUGUGUAGAGAAGGACUGUAAAUAUUUUGGUGCGAGCAGAGUCUUUGAAAGAUUACUUUCUGACCUGUGUGAGUUGGAGAAUAAUGGAAUAACUAUAGAGGGCAAAACAUUCAGAGGGUCAGUUGCCUGUAUUGUUGGUGACAACCUUGGGUCACACUUUAUUGGUGGCUUCUGUGAAAAUUUUAGCUGUUCUGAAUAUUUCUGCAGAUACUGCCUGAUAACUAAAGAGGAGUUUCAGUUAAAUUCUCUUUUCUGUGCAUCACCGAGAGACCCAGACAGGUACAAUGAGUCAGUGCGUUUUUUGACUGAUCACCAGGAACAGACGGCACAUGAAGGGAUUAAAGCGAAUAGUGUGUUCCACAAGUUGAGCCAUUUUCAUGUAUGCCAACCUGGACUACCGCCUUGCAUUGCCCAUGAUUUGUUUGAGGGUGUAGUUGAUUUCGAUCUGGCACUAUGCCUGCAGCAUUUUGUCAGAGAACACUGGUUUAGUUUUGAAUGUCUUAAUGACAGGCUUAAAUUCUUUCCUGGUGAAAGUGCUAACAAACCAGUUGCUGUUCUGAGUAAAGGACUUAAGCUUGGAGGACAAGCCUCUCAAAAUUGGUGGUUGCUACGUUUUUUGCCAGUUUUGCUGCAUGACAAAAUUGUGGACCCAGAUGAUGCUGUGUGGCAGAUGCUGCUUCUCUUGAGGAACAUGGUUGAACAUGUUUGUGCACCUACCCUCUCUGAACCUCAGAUUGCCUAUAUGAAAGUCUUAAUUGAGGAGUAUGUGGAACUGAGAAAGAUAAUGUUUCCACAGCACAAAUUAAGACCAAAACAUCACUACCUUCUUCACUAUGCUGACUUAACUGUGAAGUUUGGUCCACUUAUACGCACCUGGACGUUACGUUUUGAAAACAAGCACAGCUACUUUAAAAGGUGUGUUCGAUCAAACCAUAAUGUGAAAAAUGUGACAAAGUCACUUGCAGAGCGACAUCAGCUGUUUCAGGCUUUUAUGUCCAGUGGUAGUCUAUUCGGUCCUGAAGUCAGUGUAUCUGAGUCUGUCAGAUUUUGCCCUGAGUUGUACGGCACUAAAUUGAAAGAGGCACUUAAUGAUUUCAGUCUUUCAUUAGACAGCUGUGUUAUCACUGACAAAGUAACAGUGCGUGGCACACUGUAUUCAAAUGGCUUGCUUGUUGUUUUGCGUUAUAACGUGGGAGAGUUAAGGUUAGGGCAUAUACUCUCCAUUGUCAUUACAGAGGACAAGACAGUGUUUUUUAUGCUGAGAGAAAAAAUAGCUGAACUUAUUCCUAGCCUUGGAAUCUAUGAAAUUAAGGACAGUCCGAAUAAUAUUACAGGUUCAAAGCUAGAUGGUCUUGCAGAUUAUGUCCCUCACAAAUGUUUCCAUAGAGGUGCCAAAAUAUUUUUUCCACUUAAGCAUGUGCCGCUAUGGAUGCCAUCCGAGAUUUAAUCAGUGGAGCUCUGCCAUUGCUUGUGAGGAACCUCCUUGAUAAAGUGAUUGAAAGACUACAAGAAAUUGGUGUUUCCCAAAUCGAUGACCUAAAUUUGGUGACGAUCGAAGAUCUUGAAGGUGUCCUGAAGCCAAUACAGUGUCGCAGGCUGAUUAAAGCAUUCUCUGCUGAACCACAGAGUAAUUUGGAGCCAUGUAAUGACCCAGUUACACUGCAACUCCAUUUGGCUUGUCCAGACUCCUUGAUGUCUGCAUCACCUUGUACAGCCACGCUGAGUGACUCGUUCCAAAUUCCAUGGCAUAAACUACCCAGCGAGCUUAUCAAGGCAUUGAAUGAAAAAAAGAGGCCAAUGCCAGCGCUCAGAAGAGAGAUGAUUCGCAUUGUGGUUGAUGAUCUUCUUGCCAGUGGAUCUCGUCCGGGUAGAACGAAGUUAAGGCAUGUUGCCCAGCAGAUAGUGGAACGAUUUCCCAAAUCUUUCUCUGAUGUCAGUGGAGACAUUAUUGUAGGAAGUGGUUAUGAUUCUUUGAUGCUGCAAAUGGAGAACCGUGUUGAAAAUUGUCUAAGACAAACUGCCCAGACUUUCAGUAGACAAGCUGGUGAGAGAGCCCCAAAGAAGCCAAAACUUUCAGACAAAUAUGGCUGUGUGGAGUGGCAGCCUUUCCCUCCUGUUAAUGAUGAAGACUAUGAAAACAAAAGGAUUGAACUUUGCAAUUCUCACAAAGAAAAUCUGCUAUCUGAUGCACAUGUAAAGCAACUAAUGAAGGAGACAUAUUACAGGCAAAGGCUGGACAUUAAUAAUGAAAACACCAACGUGAACACACUGAUGGAAAAAUGGCCGUAUUUAUUUGAAGCCUCUGGUCUUUUCGACCAUUGCGAGACACUUAUUGGCUUUGCGGUCCAAGUAAAACUUGCAGAAGAACUCUCUAAAAAAGGCCAAGUGGUGAAAGACUUCAUUCGAACAAGAGAAGCAAGUGCUGGUGAAAAGAUGAACCAAGGACCUUUGGAAAUGCUAAGAUGCCUCACAAGUUACUUCAAGGAAAAAACAGAGGUCCUGUUGGUUGCAAACAAGGAUGGCCAGAAAGAACUACCCAGAACUCCUUGCAUUAUUGUCAUUGAUGAACACCGUUUUAAAGUUGCUGUAGACCAGGUUAUGACCAUCGCAGAACUCCACUGUCCUUUGGUGGCUCUAGCCUACAUGUUUAGCAUGUUUUACUUGAUGAACAUCAAAUAUCCCAAGGAAGCAGCCCUUACUUUGGAGUUCAUUCAAAGGGGUCUCCUGGGGAUCAACCCUGAACGUGGCUCAAAAGCUGAAUCUAAGUGCAAGAAGCACUACAAAAUCAAUCCUAAGCUUCUGAAAUUCCUGACGGACCUCAGUGACUUUCAGAAUCCAUUCAAAAUUUAAAUGGACAAGGCAUUUGGAGCCCUCAGAUGCUGCACAAUGGACUCAUUUAACAAGUUGAAAUAAAGUGUUAGGAUGAGAAGUCCUAAGUUCUGUGGUGUUUACAAAAUUUUUUGUAAUGUUGAAUUGUUAAUGGAAACAAAUACAUGUUUGUUUUGGACACAACACUUUACCUCCUGCAUAUUUAGAGUUUUUAUAUGUAGGGCUUAUAAUACAUGGGUUGCUGUUUUGAAUAACAGUCGUUGACCAGUAUUGUUCUCAUGCCAAAUUAGUUUCAGUAAAUGUAUUGCAUGAGAUAUAAGCACCCAGUAAGCUAUGUUAGCAGUAUAUAAAAAAGUGUUAAUACUAUUCUUGCUCCUACACAUUUUUUAAAUUUAACUACAUUUUUUUUUUUUUUUGUUUUUCAUGAAGGAGCUACAAGUUACCAGAUCAUUAGACAUGCCUACUUUGUCCCUGUGCCCAUCGACCCAUCCAUCAGGCAAAUGUGCUGUAUAUAGGUACACUUUGUAGAUUUACAGUUACAUACUACAGGGAGAAAAAUACACUCUCCAAGUUAUGUCAUUCCUGCAGUUUCUUUCCAGUGGUGAAUGGGUUGGGCGAUAUGGUGUUCUUUUGUGUACUGAUGAUAUCCACCAUAUACUGAAAAGCGUAUUGUUACAUUGACAAUUUGUGACAGUUAACUGGACUGUCAAAUGAACUGCAGUCAGUAAGUGUAAGCAUGCGAAAUGCACCUAAAUGGGAAUUAUUUCCAAUUAGAUGCUCAAUGACUGUUGAAUAAAUUGGCAAGGAAGAUGUUGAUGUUAACUUUAUCUGUAAUGAACUAAAAUCAAUGUUAGAAGGCUUGUACUGACACAAUGUAGUGUUUAGAUCUUAGUUCAAUAUUUUUUAUAUAACAAUUGUUUUAAAUAAUUUUACAUUGGUUUUAAGAUGUUCUGUAUUUCAUUUGGUACUUUAGGGCUGAGAUGAUUUAUUAGGUCCACAUUUCAUACUUCUUUUUGGAAGUAGUGUCUACAGCUGUUAUAAUAAUAAUAUGCUCCAUUUAAAUAGCACCUAUGUCUUACCCAAGAUCACUUUACAAAGUGGAAAAAAAAUAUUUAAAAAUGUUAUAGUAUAUAUUUGUCAUUUCAUUUCAUUGCCAUGUUUUUUGGU